AGCUUCGGGGGGACCCCUCGGAGAGUGCGGAGGGAGAUCUCUGACUGCAGCUGUCUUUGCCCUCCGAGGUUCUGCCUACAAGCUGGUCUGCUACUUUACCAACUGGUCCCAGUACCGGCCCGAACCAGCCAAGUACUUUCCCAAGAAUGUGGACCCGUGCUUGUGCACACACCUGGUCUACGCCUUCGCCACCAUGAAUGAGAACAAGAUCGCUCCCUAUGAGUGGAAUGACAUCGACGUCUUGUACCCACAGUUCCGGGCCCUGAAACAACAGAAUAAAGAUCUUGUCAAUCUGCUUGCCAUUGGAGGCUGGAACUUUGGCACACAGAAAUUCACCACCAUGGUCUCCUCCGCUGCCAACCGAAAGACCUUCAUCUGCUCAGUCAUUGAUUUCCUCCGGCUCCACGGCUUUGAUGGGAUUGACCUGGACUUUGAGUACCCUGGCUCCCGAGGCAGCCCUCCUGAAGACAAACAGCGUUUCACUGUCCUGAUCAAGGAAAUGCUAGAGCUGUUUGAACAAGAAGCCAAAGAAACAGGACUCCCCAGAUUGCUCAUAACAGCAGCUGUGUCUGCUGGGAAAGGCACCAUCGAUGCUGGAUAUGAGAUUGCAGAGAUUGGAAAGCUCCUGGACUUCAUCAGUGUGAUGACCUAUGACUUCCAUGGUGGUUGGGACACGGUCACUGGACAUAAUAGUCCCCUUCAUGAGGGAUCCAAAGAUAAAGGAGAUAACCGCUUCUUCAACUGUGAAUAUGCCAUGAAGUACUGGGAAGACAAUGGCGUUCCAGCCGAGAAGCUUAUCAUGGGAUUCCCUACCUACGGACGAACCUUCCGGCUCACCACCUCUGACAGUUCUGUCGGUGCCCCGGUCUCUGGGGCGGGCUCAUCGGGUCCUUACACGCGCGAGGCUGGAUUCUGGGCUUAUUAUGAGAUCUGCACAUUUUUAAAAGAUGCAACGACCUCCUGGAUUGAUGAUCAGAAAGUCCCCUAUGCUUACAAAGGCAAUGAAUGGAUCGGCUUUGAUGACGUAAAGAGCUAUGAGUACAAGGUGGAUUUUGUUAAGCAGAACAAAUUUGGGGGUGCUAUGGUUUGGGCCAUUGACCUCGAUGACUUCUCAGGGUCUUUCUGCAAUGAGGGCAAACAUCCACUCAUAAGUAAACUACGGUCUCUCCUGGGGCUCUCAGCAGAGUGCACCCCAGCCAGUAAAACCCUGCACGACCUGUUCCCCGCACCUAGAAGUCAAAGCUUCUGCUCCAACACUGGAGGAGGAUCAGGGGGUGAUGGAGGCAGUGGCGGAGAAGGGGGUGGCAAUGGAGGCAGUGGCGGAGGCGGCGGUGAUGGAGGCAGCGGCGGAGAAUCUGGAGGAGAUGGUAGUUUCUGUGCUGGUAAAGCAGAUGGCACCUACAUGGAUCCUGAAAAUGCCACUAAGUUCUACAAAUGUGCCGGAGGCAAGACCUUUCAUUUCCAGUGUGCCCAGGGCUUGGUCUUUAAGGAGAACUGCAUGUGCUGUGAUUGGCCUUAAAACAAUCCUACUCUGCUCAAAAGCCUUCUGGCCUUUCCCCAUCCCAUCCCAAGCCCCACUCAGUGGCAAGCUCCUUGAAGGCAUAUCUGCUUUUUAUUGAUUCUUGAAUUCCCCCCUCCAGUCUCGUACAGUGCCUGGCACAAACAUUCUCCCAAACACUCACUCAUGUAUUGGCAGUCUACCUGGCCUGGUACCAUAGUCCACCCCUGGAUGCCUGCCUUGGUUGAUCCCCACCUCUGUCUUCCCAUGAUCACCACAGGAGUCCACCCAACAUCCAUCCUCAGAACCUUUCCCAACUUUUCCUAACAUCACAAGGAUACCAACAGGAUGAACAUCGGUGGAAUAUUUUAAUACCUACCCAGCACAUACACCUUGAAAUGUUAUCUAAAUGGCAGCUUUCUCCUUAGGGCAGGAAAACUUAGCCUUUCAGUGCUCACAUUAGACCAUUGUAACAGCUGGGAAAAUGUCAGUCUCUGAAAUGGUACAGAGACUGGCAUUUUGUGUUGAAUGAAGAUUUCAAAUAAAUUGAGCCAGUAUGGUCA